AUGGUGGAGACAGGAUAUACGAGUCCACACCUUAACCAAAGCGUUAGAUCAUUCACACUUUCGUACGGAAAGCUUUCUCCAUCGAUUUCGGUGCCGGCGUCCUUGUACUCUGUCGCUACACAGCUGCGUGAUGAGUUUUUGAUGAAAUACCCUGCUCCUUCGGCCGAGGCCAUUGAGAACGACACUGAUGAGGUUGAAUUCAAGCAAGACAUCCAUCUUGUUGCCCGCUUCAUCGGGCUCAUUGCCGCCAAGGAAGAGGAGUCCCACGGUCAUUUUACCCAGCUCCUUAAUGUCUUCACGCUCGAGUUUGAGCGCACGUUCCUUGCCGGAAACGAGGUGCACGCUGUUGCUGCACGCUCCGGCCUCGAGAUCCCUGCUCAAAAGGAUGUCAUCAAGUGUUACUACCGCUCCCGCUUCUUGAGCGGUCGGACGAUCAAGAACCAUGGCUCGGCCUUGUUGAACGACCCCAAGGUCUCUCUCGGUGCCAUCUUCGGCGGCCAGGGCUACGAAGACUAUUUUGAAGAGCUGGUUGAGCUUUAUGAUGUUUAUGCUCCUUUUGCCGCUGACCUUGUUCACAGACUUGCCAAGCACCUCUUGGACUUGUCGCAGAAUGAGCAAGCCAUUAAGGUGUUCUCCAAGGGCCUCGAUGUGCUUGCUUGGCUCGCUGGCGAGCGCCCUGACCGCGACUACCUGGUCUGUGCGCCCGUCUCUCUCCCCCUUAUUGGUCUUACCCAACUUGUUCAGUUUUAUGUAACAGCUAAAAUUCUCGGCCUUGAUGUUGGAGAGUUUGCUGCCAAGUUCUCCGCCUCUACUGGUCACUCCCAGGGCAUUGUCGUUGCUGCCGUAAUCUCUGCCUCUACCGACGAGCGUAGCUUCUUCGAGAACGCCAAGUCUGCCCUCACUUGCCUUUUCUGGAUUGGUGUCCGCUCUCAACUUGCCUUCCCCACCACUACUCUCCCCCCUUCUGUCUUGUCAGACUCACUCGAGUGCAAUGAGGGAGCUCCUUCCCCCAUGCUUACCGUUCGUGAUCUCCCCAUGGAGGUGUUGAACAAGCACAUUAAGAUUACGAACACUCACUUGCCCGAGGACCGCAAGGUUUGCCUUAGCCUUAUCAACGGUCCUCGUAGCUUUGUCGUGAGCGGCCCUGCUCGCUCUCUCAUUUCCGUUCCCUUCCACAGCAGCUACCUCGAGGGUGCUCGCGCUGACUUGGAGAAUGACUUGAAGGAUAUUAGCUUCGGUAAGCUUCAAAUCCCUGUUUAUGCCACCGAUGAUGCCAGAGACUUGCGCGCUGUGGCUCCUGAAAAGCUCCCUAUGAUGCUUGCUGUAAUGAUUACCGUUAAUGUUGUUCAUUGGGAGGAGGCCUGCAACUUCCCCGGUGUCACACACAUCAUUGACUUCGGACCUGGCGGUUUGUCUGGUGUUGGUUCCAUGACUCGCAUGAACAAGGACGGUCGUGGUGUUCGCAUCAUUGUCUCCGAUUCUUUCGAGUCCAUUGACGUCGGCUCUAAGACUGAGAUCUUCGACCGUGACGUUAACUCUGUUCAAUUUGCUCCCAACUGGUUGGAGAGCUUCAGCCCUAAGGUGGUCAAGACCACUGCUGGCAGAUGCUACGUUGACACCCGUAUGUCUCGUAUGCUUGGUGUCCCCCCUCUUUGGUGCGCUGGUAUGACUCCCACUACCGUUUCCUGGGAGUUCUGUUCUGCUAUUGCUCAAGCUGGCUAUACAUUUGAGCUCGCUGGUGGUGGAUACUUCGACCCCAACAUGAUGCGCGAGGCUAUUCACAAGCUUUCUGAGAACAUUCCCGCUGGUUCCGGUAUUUGCGUCAAUGUUAUCUACAUUAACCCCAGAACUUAUGCCUGGCAGAUUCCUUUGAUUAAGGCUAUGGUCGCCGAGGGCUAUCCCAUUCGUGGUGUUACCAUCGCCGCUGGUAUUCCUUCUCUUGAGGUUGCCAACGAGUUGAUUUCGGACUUGGGUGUUCAGUACAUCUGCUUGAAGCCCGGUUCCACCGAGGCUGUCAACUCCGUCAUCUCCAUUGCUAAGGCUAACCCUCAUUCCCCAUCUGGUUUCGGUGGUUCCGAUGAUACCCUUCCAUACCUUACUGGUGAGUGGAGCGACAAGUUCAAGUUGCCUCCUAUGCCUUUCGAUGGUGUUCUUUUUGGAUCUCGUCUUAUGGUUGCCAAGGAGGCUCGUACCUCCCUUGGUGUGAAGCAAGCUAUUGUUGAUGCCCCUGGUGUCGAGGACAAGGACUGGGAGAAGACCUAUGACGGCCCCGCCGGUGGUAUCGUUACUGUCCUUUCCGAGCUCGGUGAACCCAUUCACAAGCUUGCUACUCGCGGUGUUAUGUUCUGGAAGGAAAUGGAUGACACCAUUUUCUCUCUUCCCCGCCCUAAGCGUCUUCCCGCCCUUUUGGCUAAGAAGUCUAAGAUUAUCAAGAAGUUGAACGAGGACUUCCAAAAGGUUUACUUCCCUGCUCACAUUGUUGAACGCGUUUCUGCUGAGAAGUUCAAGUUUGAGGCCGUUAACGACCUCGCCGAAAUGACUUACGCUGAGGUUCUCUAUCGUUUGAUUGACUUGAUGUAUGUCACCAAGGACAAGCGUUGGAUUGACAUUACUCUUCGUAACAUGACCGGCAACUACAUGCGUCGCGUUGAGGAGCGUUUCACCAACGUUACCGGCAAGACUACUAUUGUUGAGGACUUUGACGUUCUUUCUGAUCCUUACACUUUUGCUGACAAGUUCCUUACUGUCUACCCUGAGGCCAAGGACCAGCUCAUCAACAGUCAAGAUGCUCAACACUUCUUCACCAUGUGUGCCAACCCUCUCCAAAAGCCUGUUCCUUUUGUUCCUGCUAUUGAUGAGACUUUCGAGUUCUUCUUCAAGAAGGACUCUCUCUGGCAAAGUGAGGACCUUGAUGCAGUUGUUGGUGAGGAUGUCGGCCGUGUUGCUAUUUUGCAAGGUCCCAUGGCUGCCCGUCACUCUACUAAGGUUAACGAGCCUGUGAAGGAAAUGCUCGAUAACAUUCACAAUGCCCAUAUUGCUGCCCUUACCGAGAAGUUGUACGGCAGUGAAGACAAGGUUCCCACUGUUGAAUACUUCGGUGGUGAGAAGCCCUUGACCUUGAAGAAGUCUGACCUCGAGGGUAUGACUUUCGAGGAAACUGCUGGUGAGCAAGCUGUUUACACUGCUCCCCUCGGAUCUACUUCCGCUUUGCCUAACUUGAAGAGCUGGUUUGAGAUCCUCGCUGGUCCCGAGUUCUCUUGGAGACGUGCAAUUUUCACUACUGCCCGUAUCGCCAAGAACUGGAAGCUUGAGAGCAACCCUGUUCGUCGCAUUUUUGCUCCCCGUUAUGGCCAAAAGCUUAUUCUCAAGGGUUCCGGAGAUGCCGCUGUUGUCGAGCUCUAUGAGACCGUCAACGGUAUCUAUUCCCUCUCCGCUAUCCUCAAGUACAAUGGUGAAAACAUCAUUUGCACACUUACCGACAAGCGCAAUGCCUUGAAGGAGCAUGUUGGUUUGGACUUCAUCUUCAACUACAACCGUGCUGCCGGUUACUGCCCUAUUUCUGAGGUUUUGGAGGGUCGCAACGACCGCAUCAAGCGCUUCUACUGGAAGGUUUGGUUUGGCAAUGAGCCUUACCCCGAGGAGGCUUCCAUUACUGACACAUUCACCGGUCCCGAGGUCGAAAUUACUGGUAGCAUGAUCGACGACUUCUGCCGCGUCGUCGGUAACCAGAACGAGGUUUACACUAAGCGUGGAAACGCUAAGCGUACCGCUCCCAUGGACUUUGCUAUUGUUGUUGGCUGGCAAGCCAUUACCAAGGCCAUUUUCCCCAAGACCAUUGAUGGCGAUUUGUUGCGUCUUGUCCACCUCUCUAAUGCUUUCCGCAUGCUUGGUGAGACGCCUUUGAGAGAAGGUGACAAGGUCAAGACCUCUGCUGUCAUCACUGCUGUCAUUAACCGUGAAAAUGGUAAGAUGGUUGAAGUUAAGGGUACGCUUUCUGCCAACGGCACUGAUGUCUUGGAAGUUGUCACUCGUUUCCUUUACCGUGGUAACUUCACCGAUUUUGAGAACACUUUCGAGCAUACUCAAGAAACCCCUAUGGAGCUUACUCUGUCUUCUCCCAAGGAUGUUGCUGUUCUCCAAUCUAAGGCUUGGUUCCAAGUUCUUGACCCUGAGCGUGAUCUCUCUGGCGCCUCUCUUACUUUCAGAUUGAACUCUUACUCUCGUUUCAAGAAUAAGACUAUUAGAGCCUCUGUUCAGACAAAGGGUGUAGUGCUUAUGGAACUUCCCACCAAGGAAGUCAUCCAAGUUGCCUCCGUCGAUUUCCAGUCCGUCGACUGCCAUGGUAACCCUGUUAUGGAGUUCCUGAAACGCCAAGGCAAGCCUAUUGAGCAACCUGUUGAGUUUGAAAACGGUGGUUACAGUCUUAUUCGCAUAAUGGAUGACGCCUAUUCUUCUACGUUUGUUACCCCUCCCACUAAUACUCCUUAUGCUGAGGUUUCUGGUGACUAUAACCCCAUUCACGUCUCUUCGGUCUUCGCUGCGUUUGUUCAAUUGCCCGGUGUUCAUGGUAUCACUCACGGCAUGUUCAACUCUGCUGCUACUCGUCGCUUCGUCGAAACUUUUGCUGCACAAAAUGUUCCUGACCGCGUUAAGCAGUACGAGGUUAAGUUUGUCAACAUGGCUCUGCCCAACUCUGAGCUUGUUACUAAACUUUCCCACGUUGGUAUGAUCAAUGGUCGCAAGAUCAUCAAGAUUCAAGUGGUGAACAAGGAAACUGAGGAGGUUGUGAUUGUUGGUUCUGCUGAGGUUGAGCAACCCGUCACUGCAUACGUUUUCACUGGUCAAGGUUCUCAAGAGCAAAACAUGGGUAUGGACUUGUACAGCACUAGCCCUGUUGCUCGCGCCAUUUGGGACAGUGCCGACAACCACUUCCUUUCUAACUUCGGUUUCUCCAUUCUUGACAUUGUCAGAAACAACCCCAAGAACCUUACCAUUCACUUUGGUGCUGCCAAGGGUCAGUUCAUUCGUAAGAACUACAUGGACAUGAUCUACGAGAAGGCAAAUGAAGAUGGAACUACUUCCAUUGUCCCUGUUUUCCCUACCAUUACCGAGGAGAGCACCUCCUACACCUUCACACAUCCCCAAGGUCUUCUUUCCGCCACUCAGUUCACUCAACCCGCUCUUACACUUAUGGAGAAGGCUGCCUUCGAGGACAUGCGUUCUCGUGGUCUUGUCCAACAAAACAGUGUCUUCGCUGGUCACUCUUUGGGUGAGUACUCUGCCCUUUCUUCUAUGGGUGAUGUUAUGACUAUUGAGGAUCUUGUUGAUCUUGUGUUCUUGCGUGGUUUGACUAUGCAGAACGCUGUUCACCGUGAUGCCGAAGGCCGUUCCGAAUACGGUAUGGUUGCCGCAAGCCCUCUCCGUGUUUCUCCCACUUUCAACGAGGCCGGCCUUCGUUUCAUUGUUGACCAUAUCGCUCAACAAUUGAAGCUGUUGUUGGAGAUUGUCAACUUCAAUGUUGAGAACCAACAAUACGUCGUCAGUGGUCACUUGCACAGUUUGAGCACCAUGGGCAACGUUUUGAACUUCCUGAAGGUUCAAAAGAUUGACUUCCAAAAGUUGGUCGAGACUCUGUCUAUGGAACAAUUGAAGGCUGAAUUGUCUGAGAUUGUCAGCAAGUGUCACGAGAAGACUCUUGAGGAGUUGAAGAAGAACAAUGGUAUCAUUGAGCUUCAACGUGGUUACGCUACUAUUCCCUUGAAGAUUGAUGUUCCCUUCCACUCUACCUUCUUGAGAGGUGGUGUUCGCAUGUUCCGUGAAUACUUGAUGAAGCGUAUUACUCCUCACCAAGUCAACAUCUCCAAACUUCGUCACAAGUUUAUUCCCAAUCUUACCGCUCGCCCCUUCGACGUGACGAAGGAGUACUUCCAAGAGGUUUAUGAGCUUACUGGCUCUCAGCGGAUCAAGAAGAUCAUUCAAAACUGGGAUACUUAUGCUUCUUCCUAA